AUGACUGACCUCUCUCGCAACGGCUCGGUCCUCGUCGCCGAGAUCAAGGCCAUCCACCCGCCCCAGGGUGCCAACGGUGCUGCUGCUGUCCCCGGCACGGCCACCGACGGCGGUGCGGCUCCCGCCGUCGACCCCUCGAUCACCUCUCCCCAGGCCUCGCAGAUCUCCAACGGUCACGCGCCCCAGGCCUCGGAGCUGAGCGCUGGCACGGGCGCCAUCGCUGUCAACCACAGCGCCGAUCCCUCGGUGGCCACGGGUGUCGCUGUGCCUGCCACCGUGCCCGAGUCUGCGCCUAUUGCGCCUGCUGCUGCCCAGCCCGAUCACGCCGCAGCUGCUGCGGCUGGCGCUGGCGCCGGCGCUGCUGCUGCUCCUGGUCUGGUCCAACCCCAGACCACUCCGAUCCAGCCCUAUCAGCCCAGCGAGGCAGCACUCCAGCCCACGCACAUCAACACCGCCGUGCCCGCUGCUGGCGCCGCCGCCCCUGCUUCGGCUGCCCCUUCGGCUCUCAGCGCAGCUGGCACCGCCCCCGGAACGGCUCCCGGCAGCGUGAUCAGCGCCACCUCGCCCAUUUCCGCCGGUCAGGCCCCUGUCCAGCCGCAAACCGCCCCCGUGGCCGCCCAGCAGCCCCAGCAGCUCAACGCGGUCGCCCCCGCCGCCGCCGGUGCCGCCGCUGGUGCUGCUGGCGCUGGUGCCAUUGUGGCCCACCCGGCACCCACGACCGUGGCUGCGACCGAGGCGCCCAAGUCGGCGCUGAGCCCCAAGGAGGUAAAGAAGAUGGACAAGCUGAUGAAGACGGAGGCUAAGAACGAGCACAAGUCGCUCAAGCGCGCCAUCAAGGACGCCGCGUCGGCCGAGAAGCUCUUCCGCAAGUCGCGCGACGCCGAGCAGCAGUCGAUCAAGCGCCACCAGAAGGCGACGACCAACGAGCACAAGGCGGCCAAGGCGCUCAACAAGGCGCAGGCCGAGCACGAGAAGUACGCCGCCGAGCUCGCCAAGGCGGUCGAGGAGCUGGACAUCAAGAAGCGCCACACGGAGAGCACGCGCGAGGGCUACGAGAAGGCCAAGAAGCACAUUGACGAGCUGCGCAACCAGAAGACCGUCAACGACCAGGCUCGUUCGCGCCAGGCUGCCCAGAUCCACGGCGCCCGUGCCUAA